CAUUUUAUUUAUCUAUCUUUUAACAGCUGUCCCUUCCUUGCCACCCACCUGACCCUGGCCAUCCCCAUCAUCGCCGCCGUCCUCUUCUUCUUUGUCAUCAGCUGCCUGCUCCAGACAAGCUUCAGAGACCCAGGGAUCCUGCCCAGAGCCACCCCCAGCGAGGCUGCAGACCUGGAGAAGAGAAUUGACAGCAUGGGCAGCUCCACGUACCGGCCCCCGGCCCGCACCAUGGAGGUGGUGAUCAACAAGUACGUGGUGAAGCUCAAGUACUGCUACACCUGCAAAAUGUUCCGGCCACCACGCACCUCGCACUGCAGCGUGUGUGACAACUGCGUGGGUGAGCAGGGCUGGGGCUCAGGGGGUCAAAAACAGGAUAUCCUGGGCUGGAAGGGACCCACAGGGACCUCUGAUCUGGCUCCUGGCCCUGCACGGACAGCCCAACACCCCAGCAAUCCCACACCCCAAAAAUCCCACACCUCCUCAGGAGCAGGAGGCACGAGCCCUCCUCAGCUCUGCCUUUAUUGGGUUUGGGGUGGCAGGAGCCCUCCUCAGCUCUGCCUUUAUUGGGUUUGGGGUGGCAGGAGCCCACCUCAGCUCUCCCUUUAUUGGGUUUGGGGUGGCAGGAGCCCUCCUCAGCACUGCCCUUGUUGGGCUCUCAGAGGGAUGGAUUCCUGGCCACUCUGA